AUGGCUAAAGAGACCCUCACUGCACUAGCUACGGAAAUCGAAGCAAUUCAAGCCGCUCUUAAAGAUGCCAAGAUCAGUUUGAGCACGGCUAAAGAAGAUCUUGAUGGUUUGCAUCUCAAAGUUUCUUCUUUACCCCCACUUAAACAUGCCGAUCUAGUUCGGUCUUCGUCAACAGCUCAAACUAAUCUUGAACGCACUAGAGAUCUUCUCACUAAAAUCAAGUCUUUUGAUUCGGUUUACGACAAACUUCAUAAACAAAUCCGUACAGCUACUGAUAGUAAAAGCUCUAGAUACUUACUUUCCAUCCACUCAGCCCUGAAAGAACUCACUGGUCUUCGUGAAAACCUUCCUUCUAUCUCAGAAAAGGUCGCUACUCUGAAUGAAGCCUUCAACAUCCUUCUUUUUACACUAGUUGAUUCUCUUCCGGAAGUUAUCAAGAAAGAUACAGUUACAGCCUAUCUAAAAAUAACAAAAAUUAUUGAUUAUGAAGAUAGUCAUACCCAUACACAUCGUGAACGUCUUUUUGAAACUUUCCUUGAAUCAAUCGAACGCCAGUUCCGCGAAAUCCCUACCUCUGAAUCGGCCGUUCUUUCCUAUACUUCCUUUGAGUUUAUUACCCAGCACGUAACUCUACUCAAACCAACUGAAACUCUCAAUUUACCCGAUCGGUACAAGAUCUUCUCUUUUGCCGCUAUUCAUUACCACCGCGCCCUCUACGAAUUCCUAGACGCCCAUUCAGACUCAUUCGAUCCCAAUGAAUCCAUUGCCAUUCUACUCUGGACUCAGACUUACUACGACCAAAUGCGCCAACUAGGCAAGAGCAAAGGAUCACUCGGCCCCGUCCUCUUUGCCGGAAAAGAAGCCUUCCUAAUCAAUCGUUACAUUCAAGUCGCCAAAGAAAAGUUGUCCAGCUGGAUAGCUAACUUAGCCCAAAUGGAGUGCACUCGAUUUGCCGAACGUAAAAAGGCCCCUGAUCUUGAUAGUACCAAUAAGUUCAUCAGUAUUGGAUUCAUGGAUCUCCACCAUAUCAUCAAAAGACAACUUGAACCCAUCAGUACCCAUCCAGAAAUCUUCAAUAGUAUUGCCCAGCACAUUCUCCUGGCCAUCCAAGACUUCAAAACCGCCCUUAUCGCCACCAUCCAAAGUGAACUAGCCCUCGUCCUAGAAGAUAAAGCUAAAAGCGGCUUUGAAGAGUACUGUAUUGCCAUCGGCAAUAGUGGGCUUAAGUUCAUGGACUGUCUCCAUACUCUUUCUUUCUAUACCGAUCCAACCAUCCAAAAGAUCGGCCAAGCCUUCUACGACUGCUUCCUUUUUACCAUCCAAGCUCUUAUCAAGAAUGUCUCCUUUGUCCUUAAACCCGCCAGCCAGCACCUCUUCACUAAGUCCUGGGCCGCCGAACCCGUAGCCGCCACUUUCAUUGCCACCUUUAAAGACUACCUAGCCGACUACCAGGAAACCAUGAUCAGCUACGCCUUCUCCCAAUUCACAUCCGCCCUUAUCUCAACCAUAACCCAUACUUAUCUCGACCGACUCGCCAAAAAACACGCUUACUUCCCCAAAGAGUACCUAGCUAUCUUAUCUGCUGAUAAAAAAGAACUUUACCAUUUCUUCUCUCCUUAUCUCUCUAAAGAUGCACUCAAGAAUAACUUCUUACUUUUUGAUUUUGUUAUUCGUAUCGCUUCUACUGAUAAUCUCUCUCUUUGCAUUUCUGAGGUCAAAACCUUCCAUAAAACAUUCCCUAAAGAGCCAAAAUCGACCUUAAAGACUAUCUUGAAGAAAAUGCCAGGGGGUAGUAAGGACUUUGCCUCAGAAGUGCUUAAACGUGCUGAUAUAAAUUAA